AUGGUUUCAUGUGGUCAUUUGCCAUAUCUUGCAUCCUACCAGUUACUGUUUUCUGGACUUUGUGAAGAAGGAAGAUUUGAUGAGGCUAAAUCAGUUUUCACUAGCUUGCUCUCUAGGGGCUAUAAUUGUGAUGAAAUUGCAUGGAAAAUUCUCAUUGACACUUUACUUGAGAGAGGCCUUGUUGAUUUGUCCUUGGAAUUUUUGACUAUGAUGGAGGAAAAACAUUGUUUUCCUAGUCGUGAGAUAUAUACAACUUUGGCGAAGGAACAUUCAUAUACAUUGGAUCUGUUCAAAUGGACAGAGCAAUUUGAAGAUUAUUUAAGCAAUGCAAGUAGUGUUGUGCAUUUGGAACAGAUCUUGAUCUUUGAAGAUCCCUUCCAAAGCCUAACUGAUCUUAAGUGUGUUUCUUCUUUAAGAGAUCGAAUCUUAUUUUCAGUGCUUACCAUUGUAGCUAAUGAAAAGUCCAAGUCAAAUGGAUCUGAAUCUGGUAAAGAAAAUCUCUCUAUAACGGAUCUUGCUUUACAGCAACCCUUGGACCAGAUUACUGCUUCAUUUGGAAAGAGCUCAAUCAUUUGGUUUGGUCGUUCUAAUGCUCCUAGGGAAGUCCCUGUUAUAUCUACAGGAUCAUUUGCUUUGGAUACGGCAUUGGGGAUUGGUGGUCUCCCAAAGGGACUUGUGGUGGACAUAUAUGGUCCAGAGGCUUCAGGACAAACUACACUUGCCCUUCAUGUUAUUGCAGAAUCUCAAAAAAUUGGAGAUUAUUGUGCUUUUGUAGAUGCAGAACAUACUCUGGAUCCGACAUUGGCUGAGUCUCUUGGUGUAAAAACUGAUAAUUUACUCUUGUCACAGCCAGAUUGUGGUGAGCAGUCACUUAGUCUUGUUGACAUUCUAAUUAGGAGUGGUGCAGUUGGUGUUGUGGUUGUCAACAGUGUUGCUGCCCUUGUGCCUGAACUUGAUGGCGAGAUGGGAGAUGCUCAUAUUGCUCUUCAAGCAAGGGUGAUGAGCCAAGCCUUGUGCAAGUUGAGUCAUUCAUUGUCAACGUCACAGGCAAUUUUGUUGUUUAUCAAUCAGGUUAGAUCUAAGCUGAGCACAUUUGGUGGGUUUGGUGGACCUAUAGAAGUUACAUCCGGCGGCAAUGCCUUCAAGUUUUAUGCAUCUAUUCGUCUAAACAUCAUCAUUUUAAAGGGCGGAGAGGAAAAUAUUUUUAGUUGA